UCCCAUAAAUUAACACCACAAUCCUCUUUACAACUCCACACACAUCAUAUCACAUUUGUAGCUCUUCCAACAACAACAACAAUGCCUCAUCAAAAGCCUCUUUCUCUCAUUCUUCUAUCUACACUCCCACUUCUUUUCAUUCUCACACAAGCUCAAUCACCAACAGCACCAGCACCAGCACCCUCAGGACCAAUAGACAUCUUUGCAAUCCUCAAAAAAGAAGGACAAUACAACACAUUCAUCAAGUUCCUAAAUGAAUCACAAGUUGGUAACCAAAUCAACAACCAAGUAAACAACUCCAACCAAGGCAUGACAGUUUUGGCACCAUCAGACAAUGCAUUUAACAACCUCCCAAGUGGUACACUCAACCAACUAAAUGACCAACAAAAAGUACAACUCAUUUUGAACCAUGUCAUACCAAAGUUCUACACAUUUGAUGACUUACAAACAGUAAGCAACCCUGUUAGAACACAAGCAACAGGGCCUAAAGGUGAGCCUUUUGGACUUAACUUUACUGGAAGUAACAAUCAAGUGAAUGUCUCAUCUGGUUCUGUUGUUACAAACAUUUAUAAUGCUAUUAGAAAAGACCCCCCAUUGGCUGUUUUUCAAUUAGACAAAGUUUUAGUACCUUCUCAGUUUACUGAUCCAUCUAGUGAUGAUGAUGCCCCUGCACCUACUAAACCCAAGAAUGGUACUAGUAAUGAUAAAACAACAGCUGAUGAGCCAUCACCAGCAAGUAACACUAAGCCAAAUGAUGCUAAAAGGAUCAGUGGUGGGAUUCUUGGAUUGGUUUGUGGUGUUUUCUUGAUGGCAACACUAUCUUGAAGGGGGCUACAGAGUUGUUAACUUUAUGAUCUUUUGCUUAUACUAAGCCAUUUUGUAUUACAUUGUUUUCUUCAAGAUUGAUUGUUUUUGUUCAUUUUUAUGAUUUCAUUCUUUCUAUGAUGUGAUUUCUUCUCAUCUUUUUUUUUUGGUACAAUCUUGCAAUUA